UGUAUGGUUGGGGGAUGUAAAAAAUGCUUUAAUAUGAAAUGCUUUUUUUACAUUGAUAUUAUUGUUUGUUCUAUGUAAUCAUAUAUUAUUUUUUUUAGAGUGAUCUAAUGGAAGAAGGCGAGGAUGAUGGGGAAAUAUCAGAUGAUGAUGAUUUAGAAGAAGGAGAAGUCAAGGAUGGUAGUCCAAGCCCUAAGCAACCAGCACGUGCAGUUUGCAAAUUUUAUAAUAGAGGCAAAUGUACCUAUGGAAAUUUAUGUCGCUUUUUACAUCUAAGUGUUAAUAACAAAGGCUAUUAUAAUAUGUUUGCUGGAAAUUCAAGAUAUUCCCUGUAUGGAUUGCCUGGAAAUAGUCCUGGGAAUGCUCUGUGCCAAUCAAGUUUAUCUGCUGGUAUUAUAAAUCCAAUUAAUCAAAGAGGAGGGCCUCGUGGAGGACCAGACUUUUUACCAGUUCCACCACCUUUGCCUCCACCACCUCCACCAACUCCAGUAGAAACUGCAUGGGAAAGAGGCUUAAGGGAGGCUAAAGAGUUAGUGAAGAAAGCAAAUGAACGCAAAAAAGAGGAACCAGACUUUGAAGAAAAAAGAUUGAAUUUAAGCAUUGAUGUCAAUGAGAAAUAUUUACCUGACAUUGAUAAAGAAAAUGAAAAUUACAUAGAGAAAUCAUAUAAUAGAUCUCGUUCAAAGAAUGAUAUCCACUACAACAAAUAUGAUGAGUCAAAUGAGGUAUUUGACAAUGGUGAACGGGAAGCUCGUGAGCACUGGCGUGGAGGUCGUUUUGAAAAUUUUGAAAUCCGAUGGACUAGAGCUCGCACACAAGACAUGCACAUGGACCGCCGGGAUCGUGAAAGAUCAAGGGGUAGGAGAAUAUCAAGUGAAAGAGAAAAGAAAACUUCAAAACAUUCUAGAAGCAAUGAAAGAUGGCGUGAUGAACGUCUUUUUGAGAUUCAGACAAGAUCAAGAGGAGAUGAAUGGGUUGAUCCUUGGCGGAGAUCUAAGACUCCUAAGGGUAGUGGUAGACGCUCAAGAUCACGUUCUGGCUCACCAUAUUCAUCUGUAUCAUCAUAUUCAUAUUCUGACAGGUCGUCAAGGUCUUCGUGUAGUUACUCACGUAGUUCAUCCCGAAGUUCCUGUGUCAGCUCAAGAAGUCCAUCUGUUCUCCAGAAAAGAAAACUCUCUCCUGAUAUUGAAGGCCCAAAUAUGUCUCCUAAAGGUCCUAACAGCAGAUUUGCAACUAUUAAAAAAAAGCCAGGAACAAGAACUUCAAGAAGUCGAAGUUAUACACGGAGUCAUUCAAGUCGAUCAUGCUCCCGUAGCAGAUCAAGCUCAUCUCGUUCACACUCGAUCUCAAGGACACCUUCAGCAUCAAGAUCUCGAUCAUACUCUCGAAGCUUGAGCAUGGAUAGUGUGUCUUCGGCAUCUAGCAGCAUUACACGUUCAUCUUCUGGUUCUAGAUCAGAAAGCAAACGUCAUACGCAUAUCUCUGCUUUCCGGAAACAAGAAGAAAAACCUUCUCCACUCAUUGAGAAGUCUGACUCAAAAGGUGCUUCAGCAAGUCUUUAUGAAGAAAUACAAAGGAUUCGACAGUAUGAUAAAAGUACUGUUGAAGUGCCUCAUAUAAAUGCAUCCCUUCCUUCAUUACCUGAGCCUCCUCCUUUGCCAGUAGAAACACCAGCACCUUUUCCUAGCUUUCAGCAUCUAUUACCACCACCUGACAGAGUAACUAAAGAUCCACCAUUGAAGGGUCUGCAUAAACAACAGAUUAAAUUAACUUUAUUGAAUAAGCCUGCAGUAUCCAAAUUAACCAGUUUACCAAAAAAGGAGCUUGAUGUUAAAGGGAAGCCAGAGGAAUUGUGUAAAACAGCAUUUGGUGUUCAUUCCGGAAUUAAGCGACCUGUAUCUCCAUCUUUUGGUAUAGGUGGAAAAACUGGACCUACUCUUAUACCCAAAAAGUCUGCUAGUUCACGCAGAGAUGAACUGUUAAAACAAUUAAAAGCAGUUGAAGAUGCCAUUGCCAGGAAAAGAGCAAAGUUUUGUUGAAAAAGUAUUUUUUGUAUAUGACUAUAUAUAUGUUCGGGCUGACUGACUGGGAUGUGAAAGAUUUUCAUACAGUAUUUCUGGACACAUAAGGAAUCAACAUGUGCAGUGUUACAUAAUACAUUAGUAGGGAAGUGUAAGCUGUUGUGCUGCUCAGUUAACUUUUCCUGAAGAGGCACAAAUGUGCAUAUCUGUUAAGUAGUGUUUUACAACUGUCAGUCCUUAAUCUGUGGAAAAAAAAAUUUUCUGCAUUUCUAUGUCAAUUUUUCUAAAAAAGGUUGCAUUGUGUUUUCAUCGGUGUGGUACUUAUAUUGUAGGGAUGGAACAGCAUCACUGUUUGCAAAAUGCUUUAUGUGUUAAUCAGAUUUCAUUAUUUUCCAAAAUUAUCACCAAAACUGAUUUUGUGCCAUCCCCUUAGACAGAUUACUGAACUGCUCUUAAUGUUUAGUCUUCCAUUUAUUUUCUUUUUUGUGAGUUUUGAAAAAACUCAAAUUAACUCGUAGGUGAUUUUAUAACAAAUAAUUAUAUUAAUUUGGACAAAAUAUGAUUAUAAAAAAAACUUUGCGUGAUUUAAACUUUUAUAAAAGUUUAUAUUAUUUAAUGUGUAUUUAUUAACCUUCAAGCUGCGCGUGUUUAUGGAUCUGUCAUAAAGACCUGUAUUAGCUUAAAUUUGUAUAUUUAUUUUAGCCUCUAUUUUUCUUAAGCUUACAUUAAUUAAUGACAUUUAUAUUAUUAAAAAAAGUAUCUUAAAUUAUAAGCUAAUAUAUACCUAGUGACAAAAAAAUCAUAUGACCUUGUAAAGCUGGUCAUGGUGCUCAGUGGGUUAAUUGUGCUAGAGAAUUUGUUUUUUAACUUCUAACCCAAUUAUAGAGAAUCCCUGCAUUUAGUUUCAAAUAUUAAUGUAAGUUAUGCUUCUGCUACAAGGUUUCUGGCAUAUAAUAAUAUCAUAUACACAUAAAAAAAUCUAUCAGGAAUCUAUCAUGUUCAUUUAAAUUCUUCGUCCCUUCUUUUGUACAUAAAAGAGUUUGAUGUUUCAUUAUAUGUAGAUUUUUCUUACAUAUAAAUCAUUGCAUGUGUGAUCUAUAUUGUUUAUAUAGUGACCUAAUGUGGAUCAUGAAAUUUCAUUUGGAGUAGAGUAGAAUUUAAAAAAAUAUGCAAAGCGAAUGCAUAUGCCAUAGUAUACUGAUUAAUGCAGAUACAAAUUCAAUUCACUAUAUUUCUUUGUUUUUCUGUAAUCAUUGGCAUUAUAGACAUUAUUAGAUUUUUAUUCACAAUUUGUAUGUACUCUUAUCACAGGAUACAUUGGAUUACUUCAUGUUGUUUAAAUCAUGAGAAAUUUUACUGAAGUAAAAUGAAAGAAUUAGCUUUUGAAAGUAUGCAACAAAAGGAAGUGUUUUAAUAUUGUCUUUAUAAUGCAUUUUUAUUUAAAUUAAAAGUAUUGUUUCCUAUA